CUCUCGUUCUUUCUGGCUCCGCCUCCUCCGCACACCCUAUAGCCAGCAGCUAGACAGCUGGGUUCAAUCAGAAACCACUUACUACUCUAGACGAUUCAAAGGGGGAAACUUCGGCGUGAAGCGCAGCCGGCUGCAGUCUGUGGAGCUUUCCAUCCCCGGGAUCCUUCUCGCCCGGUACGCCUGGUGUCUCCGGGGGUCCGAUCCUACGAGGAGGUGCCUUCCAGCCUGGUAAUGGGUGUGGGCGAGGGACCUUAAGAGAGGCGCGGCGGCACCAGGGUGGUCCCAGCUCGGCCGCUGCAACUGCGAGCGCGCACGCCACCCGGCGGUCUGCAGCCAUGGCUGGGCGCUGAAACGCUGGCCGGCCCGGUGCCUCUUAGAAGAGCCUGCAUCCUCGAUUUUGGCUUCACCGCUGUCCUGGGUGAAAAUGGCUGUCUAGACUAAAAUGUACCUUAAGGGACCAUACUGUGGUUCUCCAGCCAGUUAAGCCCAACGCUUAAGCUCCGAGACCUGGAGGAGGAGGAGGAGCCCAGCUCUGAAAAGUGCAGUCAUGAAUACUGGAGUUGCCAUGAAAUAUGGAAACGACUCCUCGACAGAACUAAGUGAGCUCCAUUUGGCAGCCCUGGCAUCACUAAAGGGAGAUAUAGUAGAGCUUAAUAAACGUCUGCAGCAAACAGAACGGGAACGGGACCUUCUGGAAAAGAAACUGGCCAAGGCACAGAGUGAGCAGUCUCACCUCAUGAGAGAACAUGAGGAUGUCCAAGAACGAACAACACUUCGGUACGAGGAACGCAUCACAGAGCUCCACAGCAUCAUUGCUGAGCUCAACAGGAAGAUAGACCGCUUGCAAGGCACUACCAUCAGGGAGGAAGAUGAGUACUCAGAGCUGCGAUCAGAACUCAGUCAGAGUCAACAUGAGGUUAAUGAGGACUCUCGAAGCAUGGACCAAGAUCAGACCUCUGUCUCCAUCCCUGAAAACCAGUCUACAAUGGUCACUGCUGACAUGGAUAACUGCAGUGACCUGAACUCAGAACUGCAGAGGGUGCUGACAGGGCUGGAGAAUGUCGUCUGCUGCAGGAAGAAGAGCAGCUGCAGCCUCUCGGUGGCCGAGGUGGACAGACACAUUGAGCAGCUCACCACCGCUAGUGAACACUGUGACUUGGCUAUUAAGACUGUCGAGGAGAUUGAGGGGGUCCUUGGUCGGGACCUUUAUCCCAACCUGGCUGAAGAGCGCUCUCAUUGGGAGAAGGAGCUGGCAGGGCUGAGGGAAGAGAAUGAGAGCCUGACAGCGAUGCUGUGCAACAAAGAGGAGGAACUGAACAGGACCAAGGCCACCAUGAACGCCAUCCGGGAAGAGCGGGACCGACUCCGAAGGAGGGUUCGAGAGCUUCAAACCCGACUACAGAGCAUGCAGGCCACAGGACCCUCCAGCCCUGGACGCCUCACUUCUACCAACCGCCCUGUCAACCCUAGCACAGGAGAGCUGAGCACGAGCAGCAGCAGCAAUGAUAUUCCCAUUGCCAAGGUUGCUGAGAGGGUGAAACUAUCAAAAACCAGGUCUGAAUCCUCAUCAUCUGAUCGACCAGUCCUGGGCUCAGAAAUCAGCAGCAUAGGAGUAUCCAGCAGCGUGGCAGAACAUCUGGCCCAUUCUCUUCAGGACUGCUCCAACAUCCAAGAGAUCUUUCAGACACUCUACUCACAUGGAUCGGCUAUCUCGGAAAGCAAAAUUAGAGAAUUUGAGGUGGAAACAGAACGGUUGAAUAGCCGUAUUGAACAUCUCAAAUCCCAAAAUGACCUCCUGACCAUCACCCUGGAAGAAUGCAAAAGUAACGCUGAGAGGAUGAGCAUGUUGGUGGGAAAAUACGAAUCCAAUGCCACCGCGUUGAGGCUGGCCCUCCAGUACAGUGAGCAGUGCAUAGAAGCCUAUGAGCUCCUCCUGGCACUGGCUGACAGUGAGCAGAGCCUCAUCCUCGGGCAGUUCCGGGCAGCUGGUGUGGGCUCCUCAUCGGGAGAUCAGUCAGGGGAUGAAAACGUCACUCAGAUGCUCAAGCAAGCCCACGACUGCCGGAAGAUGGCAGAGAAUGCAGCUAAGGCCCUGCUCAUGAAGCUGGAUGGCAGCUGUGGGGGGGCCUUCACGGUGGCCGGGUGCAGUGUGCAGCCCUGGGAGAGCCUGUCCUCCAACAGUCACACAAGCACCACCAGCUCUACAGCCAGUAGCUGUGACACUGAGUUCACCAAAGAAGAUGAGCAGAGGCUGAAGGACUAUAUCCAGCAGCUGAAGAAUGACAGGGCGGCUGUGAAGCUGACCAUGCUGGAGCUGGAGAGCAUCCACAUAGACCCACUCAGCUACGAUGUCAAGCCCCGUGGAGACAGCCAGCGGCUGGAUCUGGAGAACGCGGUGCUGAUGCAGGAGCUCAUGGCCAUGAAGGAGGAGAUGGCUGAACUGAAGGCCCAGCUCUACCUACUGGAGAAGGAGAAGAAGGCCCUGGAGCUGAAGCUGAGCACGCGGGAGGCGCAGGAACAGGCCUACUUGGUUCACAUCGAGCAUCUGAAGUCAGAGGUGGAGGAGCAGAAGGAGCAGCGCAUGCGGUCCCUCAGCUCUACUAGCAGCAGCGGCAGGGACAAGCCUGGCAAGGACUGUGCUGACGCUGCCUCCCCAACUUUGUCCCUGGCUGAAAUGAGGACAACAUGCAACGACAGUGAGCUGGCUGCAGAGUUUGCUAAUGCCAUCCGUCGUGAGAAGAAGUUGAAGAUCAAAGUUCAAGAAUUGGUCAGUGCCUUGGAAAGACUCACCAAGAGCAGUGAAAUUCGACAUCAGCAGUCAGCAGAGUUUGUUAAUGACCUAAAGCGAGCCAACAGCAACCUGGUGGCUGCCUAUGAGAAAGCCAAGAAGAAGCAUCAAAACAAAUUGAAGAAGUUGGAGUCUCAGAUGAUGGCCAUGGUGGAGAGACAUGAAACCCAAGUGAGGAUGCUCAAGCAAAGAAUAGCUCUGCUGGAGGAGGAGAACUCAAGGCCACACACCAAUGAGACUUCACUUUAACUGGCACUGGCACCAAAGUUCUGCCCAUGGACACUAAUCUACAACAGGUCACCAGGGAGAGGGUCAAGGGAUAGAGGACCUGUGGGGAGAUUGAGGGAAGUUAGUGGUAGGUCAGCCCUGAGACAACAGAGUGCUAUGACUCAAGCCCAGGGGCAAGUGGUCCUGGCGAUGCUGCGUUGACUGCAGGUAGAGCUCCUGCUACAGAGCUGUGGCCGCUGCGCACCAUGUUCAGCAGACCCUGCUUCUGCUUCCAGCUCUGGCUUUGUGCCUUUCCCUCCUUUUCUGUUUGGAGGUGGUACUUCAGUGGUGUCCCAGGCAUUUGUUUAUUAAGAUUUUCCAUUCUUCUCUUUUUGGUAGCCAAUGACCUUAUCUUUAGCACCCUUAAUUUCUUUUUCAUGGGAAAACUCUCACACACACAAGGGUGUGUGUCUCCAGCAUGGAGAACUACUGGUUUGCUUAUUGCAGCUGACUUUGAAUUUCAAAUACCUAGACUAAGAUACAGGCUAUCCAUAAGAGGGGUGGAGAGUUUAAAGAAGAAUGGUGCAUGGGUUACUUUCUGUCCCAGAUACCGUACCUACAGUAGAGCACCAGAGUUCUGCCCAUGGAAGCUUAACCACAGCGAUGCCUGAACAGGUCUGUAGGAGGAAUAAAAACUUUCACUGCUCUUAGCAACCCAGGUUUGCUGGUACUAUCCCAUUCCACUGGCCCUCAUUUGACACUAGGUCUUAGCGCUGAGAGAAUCCUGUUGGUGGCGUGUGUAGUGGAACUAAACUUCAAGAGCAGGCAAGUACUUAGCCCAGAGCAAUAUACAAAUGCUGUUCUGAACGAAUCAAAGGCCAGUCACAUGAGAACAUAUGUAGUUCUGGACCUGCCUCUUAAGAACAAGAGGCUACAUGGUUAGGCACUGAGUGGAUCUAAGGGUUUUUCAGACCAAUCCUAAUUUAGAGAUUGUUACUGAACCACCAAUUCAAGAAGUGAUUCUGACAUCAUAAAGGGGAGGGAAUGAGGGUAUGGUUGAGGCCCCUUAUACUCCCUAGACAUGUUAGUUCAUAUACGGUGCCUAAACUGGUUAGAUUUUAAUCAGAAUGUUGAGAACAUUAGCUAGGACCACUGUACCUAAAUUCUUUCAAGGUCUCCCAUCUUAAAUUCAUUAUUCCUUUUUACUGUAACCUUCCCUAUUUUACCCCUUCACUUUCCUACAAGUCUUCUGUGGGUCCCCUACACUGAUAUAUUUUAAAGGCUCACUUGACAUUUAUUCUGUAGUGCCUGCAGAUCCUUCCACAGUCAUCUAUGAGAAAUAUGUUGCUUUAAGACCAGGGCACUGCAUUAGAGUUCCCUUUCAAAAAGCAUGACCCAUUUCAGCCUUCUGUGUUGUGUAAGGACACACCCUACUACCUGGGAGGGCAAAGCAGUUCUGUCCCCAAAUCCACCUCUCUUCUUUCUCAGGCCAGUAAUGAGACAAGGCCAUGCCAAGAAAAGGAUAGAAGGAUCAGCUUCAAUCACUGUGAAAGUGCCCACUGGUUUUGUUUUGUCUGAAUCUUAUUUAGUUUAAGUUGGUACUUGUAAUUUAUGUUAAUUAAUUUUUCCUCUUUGGCUAGUUUCACAUCGCAAGAAAAAUGUUUUGGCUGAGAUGUUCAAAAAAAUGACUUGUGACACAAUUGUGGUUUUCCCUAUUUUCCAGCUUGCUUGGUUAGUGUUUUCCUGAGCAAACUGGGAUAUACAGGGGGGAAACCAGUCACAGCUCUUCAUUUUCACCAACACUAAAAAAUCUGAUCUGCUGGCCAGUCAACCAUUAUUGCACCACAUUGAACAGGAACCCAACACACCCUUUUAGGGUCAUGUAGCUCUUAGACCCAGGUCUUGGCUCCUCUAUGACAGGAUUCAAUAUUACUGAUUCUACCUGGCCUCAUUCCGAGCAUCAACUUAAUCCUUUUAAGUAUGUGGUGACUGGGUGAGAACGUUCCCUGGCAAAAUUGUUACUUUUUUAAAUGUGUAGAAUAAAAAACAUUAAAUAGUUGAUUUCCUUUCCUUGUAUUUUUCAAAUAUUCCUUAAGUACAUUAAGGUGAACCAAUAGCCAUUUGGUUAUGCUAAUUGUGGGACUAACUAAAACUGUACUGAUUAAAUAACAGCAGUACCUGGAUACUUUUCCUUUUAAAUUACCUGAACUUUUCUUUAAAUAGGACCUGGUUUAUAGUAACAUCUCCAUUUGAGAUAAACAAUGAUCUUGAUUCUAACUUACAUGAAAGUUAAAACACCCAUCCAGACAUCCAUAUUUUUCAGUUUUCUUCUAGUUUCCUCAGUGUAGUACCUUCUCUAUUCAGAGUUAAGUCUCUGAUUUAUAUGCAAGAAAUAACUGAUUUGACAGUACCCUUGGAGUUUAUUUCCCAUGGCUGAAUUGAGGCACAAAAUCACAGGCAAGACGCUUCUGUCUACAGCUGCAGUGCCAUCAAUACAGGCUUUUGCCAAAAUCCAUGUACACCAGCUUCCAAGCAGUAAAUUCCUUCUUUUGAGACUUAUACCCAAGGUUUAAAUGCCUUUACACCUUGUAUGAUCACAUUUAAAUGCCUUUACAUUUACACAUUUAAAUGCCUUUACACCUUGUAUGAUCAGAUUGCCAGUCAAUGCAGGUUAAGUACUAUUUCAUAUUCAGUUUCAUCUGCUAUGUCAUAUCAGGACUCUGACGUUAAUACCCAUGUUGUUAAACAUAACUGCUUAAUUCUCUUUUUGGUGCAAGAACUUUACCACCUUCCUCUGAGCCUCCAGCAAUACUUUACAGGGACCUCAGAGAACUCUAAAUUGGAGCCCUGAAGUUCCACUACUCAAAAAAAGCAGGCAAAUCACAGCAUAUAGGCUGUUUCUUUAAAGCUGUCAGCACAAAGCUAGUAAGGAUUUUACUACCCUAAAUAAAACUUGAAACAAUUUGAACUGCCACAGUGCCUGUUCCCUUCUACAGAUGUUUUCUAUGGUCCACGAGUUAUUCUGCAAUCGCUUUCUAAUUCUACCAAUUGUCUUAAAGCUCUCAAGUUUGGUGUGUCCUGCUCUUAAGUGAUGAAAAGACAUCACACAACACACCCAAAUGUUUAUUCACAACUUCUGAAAAUCAUAACACUACAAUAAAGCUUUAAACCAUUUGCAAAUGCCUGAGAGUAUGUCUCAUCCUGUCUACACAUGAAACAAAAGUGAAAAGAUCAUACUAGUAAUACUAAGUUUACAGCUGCACCUACUUCUAGGUGCAGCAAACAGCUAAAAGUAGGAUAUAGAGGUUAAAACGGGAGUAAAUUCUCUGGUGGUCUGCAUUUAAUUUAAUUGGGGUACAGUCAAGAUUGCUAAGUUCCCCCCACCUGCCCUUGGGGAAGAAAGUAGACAGAUUAGUAGAACACUACAAAAAAAACCUGGAAAACAAUUUCUAAAACUCCAUCCAAGAAAACAAAUCACCCUUUCAAUAAGGCCUGCAAACUCUCUAGAGCUCAGAAGGUGGGUACUCCUUUGUAGAACGGUUAUCUAUUAUGAAACAAAAAUUAUUCUUUCACUGCAAACACAGUUCUUAUUGAAUUUUAUCCAAAGCCUGUUCUAGUUCAAUGAAACCUUGUGUUUAUAUAGGCCAGGCUGAAGUCAGUGAACAACCUUGGCCUUCUGAUGGUUUGUUUCACACAACUGAAUCUCCUAACUAUAUUUGUAAUCAUUAACGAAAUGACAUCUGCCUUAGACUGCCAAUCACUUUUUAGAAGUGGAAACAGAAUUAUCAAUUAAUGUAAUGCUGACUACUGUUACCAGCUUCACUGAGCACUCAGUAGCAGUUAAAUAUCAACAAAUGGAAAAGGUUGUUGUUACAAGGUGAACAGCAACUAUUCAUGCAUUCUUGUUUUGUUUAAUUCCUGUGUAGAGAAAGACAGUUUCACAGACAACUAUUACAUUUUUGGCUAAGUUAUACUGGAUAAAUUUCUAUUACAUUCCAAGAUUCUGCAUGUGACCAAGACAUUUCUGUCUCAAUAACAUCAACUGCUUGGAUAUGACAACUAUGUCCAAGUACUUGAUUUUUCCAUUGUCAGGAUAAUGAUCACUGAUCUGCUGAACAUUUUAAACAUUUGCUCUACAGAACAGAGUAAGCUACAUACAAAAUCCCCCUCAUUUGCACUAAUGACCUGCUUAGUUGUUCUUGCUCUACCGUUUACUUUUGCACUUUUUUGCAAAUCAAAUCCAUGUACAAGAAAAAUGUUCUGUUUGUAGAACUCAUAGUAUUCACUUAUAGUGCUCUUAGUCAGAACUGCCAAGUAAAGAACCCCUAAUUUGCUUUUGUUGGAACCUAACAUGUUCACUCUAUUUCUAAUCAGUUUUCAAAGAUACUGGCAACACUUACUCACUUUGCAUGAGAUUUAGGUUUCCUAUUAUUUGAAUAUGUGCUACUUUUAAAUAUGUUGUGAUUAGAAUCUGCUUGAAUGUACAGUUUAAAUUAAAGCACACAUGACUAUGUGUUUGCAUUUGUCAGUACUGUCCUACUGUUUAUAUUGAAAGUCUCACUUUAAAAUUGCUACUUAAAACUGUACUAUACCUUGUAAUUUUUUUAUUCUUCACUUGUAUGCUUUAAAUGGUUCCAGAUGCCUUUAGUUUCUGUAAAAUAGCCACUUUGUGUUGUUUGAUAUAAAAAUGUUUAAAAAGAACUCCAUUUAUUUAUACAGAGACAUUUAUAAUAUUUUACAUGCUUAUAUUCUGAAUAAACAUUUCUAAUUCCAUAACACAGCUAAUAAU